UGUUUUCACUUUGUUACGGUUUGGUUUUGCCAAGAACCACAAUAUUUGGUUGAUUGUGUUGUGUUAGAUGUGAAACUCCACUCAGUCUGAAUUAGAUAAGCUUUACAAAGUUUUAUAACAAUCUGUUUUAUUUCAAGUUAUUUAUUUGCUCACUAAACUCAAAAACAUUUUAGUUUUGUAGUAAGACUUGUAGAUUUGUGUUUGGUUGUGAAGCCGGCAAAAUGGGGGAUCAAAAUUUGAUGGAUAAAUCUAUGCGAUCAGUAUUUGUGGGAAACAUUCCUUAUGAAGCUACAGAAGAAAAACUAAAAGAUAUAUUUAAUGAAGUUGGACCAGUAUUAUCCUUCAAACUGGUGUUUGACAGAGAGACUGGGAAACCUAAGGGAUAUGGAUUCUGCGAGUACAAAGACCAAGAGACUGCACUCAGUGCUAUGCGAAACUUAAAUGGCUAUGAGAUUGGUGGUCGAAUGCUUCGAGUUGACAACGCUUGUACAGAAAAAUCUCGUCUGGAAAUGCAGAGUCUGCUCCAGGGCCCUCCAGUGGAGAAUCAGUAUGGUGAGGCUGUUAGUCCAGAAAAAGCCCCGGAGGCUAUCAGCAAGGCCGUGGCCUCUUUGCCACCAGAGCAGAUGUUUGAGCUCAUGAGACAAAUGAAGCUUUGCGUUCAGAAUAAUCCAACAGAAGCAAGACAAAUGCUUCUACAAAACCCUCAAUUGGCAUAUGCUCUUCUCCAGGCUCAAGUUGUGAUGAGGAUAGUAGAUCCACAGGCAGCAGUUACAAUGCUCCAGAAAGCUAACAAAGUGGUGCAGCCUCUGAUGCCAGUGGACGGGAACCGCCCUCCUGCCCCAGUGCCUGCCCCUCAGGUAGUCCCCCGUCCGCCGGUUCCAGAGUAUCCACCAGAGCAGCCUCCACACCCACACUGGUCCCAACCCGCACGCAAUACUGGUCCUCCACUGCCAGCAGCUGCUGUACCUCCAAUGCCUCAACAGAUGCCAAACCCUGUACCUGCCCAGAUGCAGAAUGCAAUGCCUCCUCAGAUGCCCCCCAAUUCUAUGCAACCUCAGAUGUCUGGAAUGCCUCAACAAACUUUUGGAGGAGCAGGAGACCUAGACAUGAGGGCCAUGGAUCCUCGGCUGGCUCGUACUAUGGGAGACCAGGACCUCAGGAUGCCUCCCCAGCAGUUCCCUCCACCCAACGACCAACUGCUAAUGGAUAAAUCAGCAGAAAGUUUUGCUCGAGACCCAAGAGCGGGAAUGGGUGACCGUUUCCAGAGAGAUCCUCGAGCCCCAAGCAUGCCAGGAAUGCCCCCUGGACCCAUGCCUGGAGCUCCGAGACCAGUCAUGCCCCCUGCUCCUGUGCCCCAACCUGGGGUGGGCCCGCCCAACGUGCCCCGCCUGGGUCCUGGAUUGGGGCCGAAUAUGGGGACUGGUGCCUCAGACCAAGAAAAGGCGGCACUUAUCAUGCAAGUACUCCAGCUGUCUGAUGACCAAAUUGCAAUGCUACCUCCAGAACAGAGACAGAGUAUUCUUGUGUUGAAGGAACAAAUUGCAAAAAGUACCCAACGUUAACGUUCAAUCUUAGCAAUACAAAAGGUAUUUUGUACUAAUAAAUGUUCAAACUUU